AUGGACACGUGCACAUGGAGUCAGGGAGGCAGACAGGAAGCUGUGGUUGAGAGUGGGUAUGCGACAUUUCCAUCUGACCCACAUGAUGAUGAUGAUGAUGCUACUACUCCUGCUACUACUACUACGACUACGACUACGACUACUACUACUACUACUACUACUACUACUACUACUACUACUACUACUACUACUACUACUACUACUACUACUACUUCUACUACUACUACUACGACUACUACUAAUACUACGACUACGACUACGACUACGACUACUACUACUACUACUACUACUACUACUACUACUACUACUACUACUACUACUACUACUACUACUACUACUACUACUACUUCUACUACUACUACUACUACUACUACUACGACUACGACUUCGACUACUACUCCUACUACUACUGUCAUGUGGUGA